CACACGUUACAGGUCGAGCCGAGGCAACUCCAUAGGCACACACCCUACAGACUACUCUGGGGGAUUAACCGUGUUGAUUCAAACCUAUUUGUUUGUUUUUCUCUACUUGGACUGAUAUUUAUUUCGCAGGCGCCCUACUAUUUGUCCUUUCCACAAAAACGUGAUCGAUGUCGUUUAAAAGGCAAACGCCUUGCUUGAUGUGGCCUAUACGUCUGUCAAUACUGUUUUGAUAAUGUGGCGUCUGUGGCUGUUUUUGACAGCAGUUGAUGGUUGCUGCUUACAUGGGAUGAAGAGCGGGUACCGGGUUUGUUAUAACAUAUUCAAUUGGUUCAUCCAAAGACAAACCGGGCAAAGACAAACAGGCCUAUUCAAUUGGUUCAUCCAAAGACAAACCGGGCAAAGACAAACAGGCCUAGAGACGAAAAACAAAUUUAAAAUACCAGCGGCCACAUAUUUAGAGGAAACAAUAAUGACGUUGAGAGAAAUUAAAUAUAGCUCGACGUGUGAAUCGUCUAGGGUGUUGUAUGCCUGGCCAUUACAUUAUCAAAUAAAAUAAAUGCCUAACGUUAUUUUUAUCAAAAUAAAUAGCAAGAUGUUAAAUUGAACGUGUGCCAGGAGUGGCCUGGGUUGCCGAGGUUAACGUCCCUGCUAAUGUAACUGCUCUGUAACCAAGUUGAUUUAUUUUGAAGAAGCGAUGGGGACACUUAGCGGUUAUUCCAGUGCAUUACGUCCUGCUGGGGCUGAGGUAUUCACUAGUGGUCCCAAUUCAACUUACAUUUCCUUCUCAUAACCCACCCGAGGGACCUGCCUCCAGACAGUGAACACCAAACGUCACCGCCUUUGGACGGCCUACUUACCUGAAGAAUUUGGACAGGUUGAAGGUGGCGGCGCAGGUGCAGUUUCCCUAAACACAGGACAUUAUGACAGCGUCUGCCCUCAGAACCUCAAAAAGAAGGAUCCCGUGGCCCUGAUUGAGUUGCGGAUAAUGAGCAUCGGAAAAGACGCAGAGAUGAGAGAGCACAAUGGGGAGGAAAAUGGAUCAAUGGACCUUUCCAGAGAUCCUGCAGCUGAUGUUGGUGAAAUCCUCCAAAACAUCAUUGGGAACCAAAGCGUCUCCAGUACUCAGAAGAUGAAACACCUGCACAACUUCGUCAAGCUCCUAUGCAGGGUAGGCCUUCAAGAGGACGAGCUGGGGCUAAAACACCAGGAGCUCAUCAUUUGUGUGCGGUUGUCUCUGCUGAGUGACUCCAUGGAGGUGCGUGCGGCCGGGCUGCGAGCCCUGCGCUACCUCAUCUCAGACCGCAGCAUCCUGGACAAAGUCCUGGCCUUGAACGUGGACUACCUGAUCACCAGGUGUAUAGACAUUCAGGACAGUAACAAGACCGAAAAAACGCAGGCUCUCAGGCUAGUUCGAAAGAUGAUGGCGGUCAAUGCGUCCGUCUUCCCCUCCUCCAUCACCAACUCCCUGAUGGCCCUGGGAAGCGAGGGCUCCCAGGAGGCCGACGACAUGGUGCGGCCCUGCAUCGCCAUCAUCUGUGAGCUUUCCCUGUUGAACCCGGCCGUGGUGGCCCAGAGCAGCGGUCUGAGCGCCAUCUUGAAGAACGUGAUUGGCUGUCGGCUGAACAGCAUGAACGAAUCACUGAUCGCCACCGUCCUCCACCUCUUCAACCACCCCGACACGCGGCAGUAUGUCCGCUCUGACGUCGAGCUGGAGCAAAUCCUGGUCCCGUACACGGACUUCCACUACCGACUGACCCCUGACAUCGGCGAGGAGCACCUGAAGGAGAACAGAGAUGCUCGCUUCCUGGCCAGUAAGAUGUCAAUCAUUGCUACUUUUCGCUCUUGGUCAGGCAUUGUUACCUUGUGUAAGUCGGGGAACUCAGGGAUCCAGUCUCUCAUUGACCUGCUGUGUAUACCAAACACUGAGGUGAGGAGAGCCUUGUUAGAAGUGAUCUAUGAAGUCUUCCUUCUGGACGUGCCUGUCGAGACAACAGACUUUACCGAAGCGCUGAUCAGUGUCGACCCUGGUAGACAUCAGCAAGGGUGGAGGCUUACUGAAGGCUUCAUCGUCUCUGAGGCUCUGGUUAUUCUUCCACAACGGUCCCGAUCAAGACCAAACCUCAUAGACAACUACCUGGCGUUCCUUCUGUCGGCCUUCAUCCAUAGCAGACUUCUUGAGGGUCUGGUGGAGUUGAUCACCAGCAGCGAUGACUUCAUAUCAAUACAAGCCACAGUGCUACUGGGACAACUGCUCAAUAUGGCCAACAGCAUCCUCCCCCACUGCCACAGCCACCACCUCCACUGCCUGCCUCGCCUCAUGAACAUGGCCGCCUGCUCCGCCGUCCCGCGGGCACACAGACAACAGGCCCGGGCAGCAGUGACCAACCUGAAGCUCUUCCACGAGAGGACCAGGCAGGGUCCCUCCCCUCACAGCCUGUACCUGGACCACGUCCUCCGCAGGGCGGCCGGGGCGGCGGCGCCCCCCCACGGGUCCCUGGCCCUCCCCCACAGACCCCUGCCCAGGGACAUGUUCCCCAUGAAGGAGAACGACGACGCCCUGCUGGCCAACCUGAGGGACAGCCACGUUCUCCACCACGACGAGAACCUGGACUGGAACUGGGAGCUGGUGCAGACCAUCCUGAAGUGGCCGAAUGUUAAACUGCAAAGCAAUCGGGAUGACCAUAUACACAAGUUUGUGAGGAGACUCCUGUGGUUCUUCAUGCCCAGCAGUAAGCUGUUUGUCUCCAUGAAGCCCGACCACCCGAGGGCCCGACAGACCACUGUGGUCGGCUGUGAACUCAUCGAGUUCCUCCUAGACUCGGAGGAGGAAGGGGAUGUCUAUCUGGAGGACCUGGUGAAAGACAUCGUCCAAUGGCUGCACUCCUCUAUCGGGCCCAAAGCUGGCAGCAGCAGCAGCAGUAGUGCUCUCCAUGGCAACGGGCUACUACUGACCACACUCAGUCAGUACUACUUCCUGUUCCUGGGGACGCUGUCAGCUCAUCGCCACGGCGUCAAGGUGCUGGAGAAAGGGAGCGUCUAUCAGUGCCUGCUGAGCCUGUGCAUGCAGAGGAACCAGGACCACGUGGUGAAGCUCACCGUCUCCACGCUGGACUUCAGCCGCGACGGCCUGGCCCGGGUCGUCCUCUCCAAGGUCCUCAUCGCCGCCUCGGAAAGCUGCCGGCUGUACGCCACCAGGCACCUGCGGGUGCUGCUGCGGGCCAACGCAGAGUUCUUCAGUAACUGGGGCGUGGAGCUGCUGGUCACCCAGCUCUACGACCGGAGCCAGCCGGUCCGGCUGGAGGCCCUGGACGUCCUGGACGAGGCCUGUGAGGACAAGGCCAACCUUCACGCGUUGGUGGAAUUAAAACCAGCUCUCACGCACCUUGGAGACAAGGGAAAGCUGCUGCUGCUGAGGUUUCUGUCCAUUCCAAAGGGUUUCUCCUACCUGGAGGACAGGGGGUUCAUCACUGGAGAGCUGGAGAGAUGGCACAAGAAGUAUAACCUAAAGUACGUGGACCUGAUGGAGGAGCAGCUGAACGAGGCUCUCACCACGUACCGCAGGCCCGUCCUGAACCGGAGCAAUCCUGGACGCUCCAGCGCCCCCCGGGCACAAAGACCAGCCGUCUACCCCCUUGUUCACCUAUACGGCCAGUUAGUCCAUGACAAGGCAGGCUGCCAGCUACUGGAAGCACAGAAUGUGCUCCAAGAUCUGAGCUCGGUGGUUCGAUCCCCAGACCUCGACAAAUGGGAGGGCAUCAAGACACUGAAAGCUGCUCUCUGGGCUCUGGGCAACAUCGGCUCCACCAACUGGGGUGUGAACCUGCUUCUGGAAGAAGGCGUGGUCCCUGAGGUCGUGGCGCUGGCCCAACACUGUGAGGUGCUGUCCGUCAGAGGGACGUGCCUCUACACGCUGGGCAUGCUGGGUAAGACGAGGCGGGGCUGCGACGUCCUGAAGCAGCAGGGCUGGGACGCUGUGUGCCACAGCAGUCUGACCCCCUGGCCCCUGGUGCCCCAGGAGGUGGGCCUCCAGACCCAGGCCUGUGACGCCCUGCCCCCCCCCCUCAGGAUGCGCCGGCCCCAGUCGGUGUCCCCCCGGAGCCGGCGCUACAGCGAGGGGAGCCAGCCCCCGGGCCGCCACGGUGAUGUGUUCGUUCCAGACGAUGACCAGGGGAGGGACGGCAGGGGGCCCCGCCCACGUUCAGCUCCUCACCACCAUCAGACCCCAAGGAUGACCAUCACGGGCCCCUCCGGAGCACCCCCUCAGCCCCUAGAGGGCCCGAUGACAGGCCCCACUGCAGGACCCAGCCAGGACCCCCUCUGGACAGCCCAAGAAGAGCUCCCCUUUGGGGGGUCGGAGGGAACGUGUCUGCUGCCCUGGGCCGUGGAGCCGGAGGUCCCUGGAGACCCCCGAGAGCGAGGGGAAGGCGAUAGGUCGAUCACCGCCAUGACCGACAUCAGCGUGAUGGGUUCCACGGAGUCUGCGCCUGCGAGUGUCCAAGGUCUCCAACCCAUGACCUCCACCGCCACCACCACCGCCACCGCCACCGCCACCGCCCAGAUCGACGUCCUCCAGACCCCGCAGCCGGGCCCCCCCCGAUCCCUCUCCGCCCUGCAGCUCUCCGGGUCCGGGUCCACGUCGCCGGCCCCUCCCGGCCCCUCCUCGCACCGGCUGACCCGUCACACCAAGUCCCUCAAGGGGACUUCGGCCCCCGGGACCCGUCUCGGGAACUUCACCCGCUCCUCCUCCACCUCCUCCUCCCCCUCCUCUCCCUGGGGCUACCGCACCCCGCGGACCCCCCUGCUGGCCCGGUCGGCGUCCCUCAGGCAGUCCAGCUCCCUGGACGCCCUGGGCUACGCCACCCUGCGGAGGCUGCAGCAGCAGCGCAUACAGCCCCUCCUGGGCCCCGGCCGGGCGCUGGCGCCCCCCGCCAACGAGGCGCUGUUCGCCGACGCCAUCGCCAUGACAACCGGCCGCCCGGGCGGCAGGUUCACCUCGCAGAGGUUCGGCAGGACGCUGAGAUUCGCGACGCUGGACCAGGAGGACCUGCUGAGCCCCAUCAACCACGACACCCUGCAGCGCUCCUCCUCCUUGCGCGCCAUGGCAACCGCUGACUCAGCGGGCGGUCUCCACGGUGACAACUACAUCGGCAUUGCGUUGCCCGUUGACAUCACCAACAUGCUUCAUAUCAAACCAAUACCAUACUUCCAGAAGACAUUGAGCCCACCAGCCGAGGACCUGUUCAACGAUGAAACAUCUGAUCAUGAGCCCGGCCCCGUUCACCAAGAAGGUGUGGACUCCAAGCUCAGUUCUACGGAGCUCCACGCGACAGAACCACAGUCCCCACCGAGGCCAGUGGACACUGGGCUGCAGGAACACACAGAUGACAACUGCCUUUACUGUUCUGGUCUCUCUGUGCUGGGCCUGAAGUCUCAGAACUGCGGUCCAGACCUGGUGGAUGAGCUGUUGUUCUCCGAGUGGUGCAGUACCUCCUCCCCCCACCUGGAGGCCAGGCUGUUAGGGGUGUCCGGCACCACCCUGUCCCAGGGCUCUGCAGGGAGCGGCCACGGUGCGGAGCUGGUCCUCGGAGUGAAGGCCAUCCCAGAGAACGGCCCCUCUAGCGGGGUGCUGCUGAGGAAGGAGGUGCUUCGUCUGGUGGUCAACCUCAGCUCCUCGGUGGGGACCAAAGGCAACGAGUCCAGCCUUCUGAGGAUCAAAGAGAAGUUCCCCCAUGCCUUCGACGACGUCUGCCUCUACUCGGAUAUCUCCAACCUGAUGGCUCACCACACCUUCGGCCUGCACGCCCGGCGCUUCAUCCAGGAGCUCUUCCAAGAUGUCUCCUUCCUGCCUCUUUAUGAAGAGGCAGAGAGCGUCCUUUCUACAAGAGAGAACUCAAGCUGACCCAACAUCCUCGGGCCACACCGAACUUUCACUUCCCAUUCAUCAUGACCGUAUCUUUGCACAGUCAAGGGGGAGACUGUAACUAGAUCAAACCAAAUAAGACCACCAAGCCUGUUGUUAAUCUGCCAGUACCUACUGCUAUGUCUAGGGCUGUUGAGCAACCUAUGAGUUGAUAGUAAGUAUGAUAAAACACUAAUACACAUUUCUUUUACCCUAGCUUGUUAUUUACCAAAGUGUUGCAAAGGAUGAAAGUGCAUAUUAAAGAUGACAUACAUUUCA